AUGUGAGUUACUACUAUCAAUAACAGAUUACAUCCAAUUACAAUAUCACAUUCUCAACUGAUCACACUAAAAUAAAAUCAAAAGGCGGCACGGAAAACUGUGAGCAAAACUCUGUCUAUCCAGAAUGCUUUGCCACUUCUGUGGAAAUAACUUACCAAAUCCAGUAAAGUUCUGUUCGGAGUGCGGAUCAAGAGUAAUACGGUAUGAUGUAGUUGAAGAUGACUUUGAUAUCCGACACCUAUUAUCGCCUUACCAUAAUGAUGUAGUUAAAGAUGACUUUGAUAGCCGACACGCAUUUUCGCCUAUCCAUAAUAAUUUAGAUGAUUUUGAUGUAGAUGACACAGGCAGCAGUAACACAUUACCACCUGAUAUUUCAAGUUCAAUUGAAGAGUUACUGAUUGGAUCAGAUGAGUUUCAUGAGUUAGAUAGUGCACAAUCCCAUUUGGCGUGCAUCAUCCUCCGGACACAAAAACGCCGGACGGACGGAGGGACGGAAGGACGGACGGACGGACAACGCCAAAACAAUAUCCAUCCGCCUAUGACGGGGAUAAUAAUUAUGUAGACAUGCAAAAGC